GGAGAAUAUAUAUUCCCACAAGCGCCCGGUUUACAUGCCAGUCAGUGCAAAGAAGUGCAAGUGUAAGGAUCAACAAGAUGUGGUGGCUUUGGCUGGUGGCUUUGGUGCUAGCAGCCCUCGGAUUGUGGCAGUGGUGGAUUGUACAGCGCCAUCGGUUUGCAUCCCACCUGCCGGUGAUGCAGCCGUACUAUCCCAUUAUAGGGAAUGCGCAGCUUUUCAUCGGAAAAUCAGGCGGUGAUCUGUUCAAUCAGUUACUGCAGCCGUUCCGGCAGUAUGAUGGUUGGUUUAAGGCAUGGCUCGGUCCAAAGCUGGUGCUGGCUACCUCGCAUCCGGACAUCAUGAAUGCAGUACUUAGCCAUCCCGAUUGUCUGGAGAAACCGUUUUUCUACGACUUUGUGAAGCUGGAGCACGGAAUCUUUGCGGGACACUAUCAUCCGUGGAAAACGCAACGGAAAGCGCUCAAUCCGACCUUCAACACGCGCAUACUGAACAGCUUUAUUCCGGUGUUUGUGCAGUGCGCCAGGCAGAUGGUGCAGCAUAUGGAGCAAAGUGUGAGUGACCUCGGCCGGUCGAUAUCCAUCUUCCCUUGCAUUAGCAAAUGUACGCUGGAAAUGGUGUGCGGGACGACGAUUGGCUGCGAUGUGAUGGAGCAGCCAGGCAAGGAAACGUUCAUUGAGAAUGUCGACCGAUGGUUCGAGCUCAUCGCGAAACGCAUGGUCAGUAUCCAUCAUUACAUCGAGCUGCUGUACCGGUUUUCGCGCGACUUCAUUGAGGAGUCUGAGACUCGCACAUCCUGCUUUCGUUUCUUCGAAACGGUAAUUGAAAAGGCAAAGGCUCGCAUAAACUCUACCGCCUUUGAGGAUGAGUGUGAGGACUACAAAAAGCCACUCAUAUUUGCCGACCAACUGUUGGCGGCGCAGCACAACGGAAAUCCCUUUACCGACAUCGAAGUUAAGCACAACAUUUACUCGAUGAUAGCAGCGGGCAAUGACACUACUGCACUUCAGGUGACACACACUUGUCUGUUCCUUGCCAUGCACCCAGCGAUACAGGAGCGCGUGUACCGCGAGGUGAUGGACGUGUUUCCCGAUCCCGAUCAGGACAUUGAGAUGGAGGAUCUCAAGCAGCUGACCUACAUGGAGCGCGUAAUCAAGGAGAGCCUUCGGCUAGCCCCGUCCGGACCGUACAUUGCACGUCAAACGAUGAAGGACAUUGAGAUAGCUGGUUUACACACACCGCGUGACAGUUUGAUAGUGAUGAGCAUAUUUUCAAUGCACCGCCGUGAGGAUAUUUGGGGCCCGGACGCGGACGUGUUUGACCCAGAUCGGUUUCUGCCGGAGCGAAGCGAAGGCAGAAGCGCGAACGUGUUCAUACCGUUCAGUGCCGGUUCGCGCAACUGUAUCGGCGGGCGGUACGCCAUGCUCAGCAUGAAGGUGAUGCUGUCCAGCAUACUGCGCCGGUUGCGGCUUCGGUCGGAUCUGCAAAUGAAUGAUCUGCAGUUUCGGUUCGGUCUGACGCUGAAGCUUGAUUCUGAAUAUUUUGUACAGGUGGAGAAGCGGAUCAACCUCCGCCCGAUGUUCUCCUCGGUAAUGGGACCGUCCGUUCCCAGCUCCACCUGUGCAUUCCUAUAUUACUACACCUGUGUCGUGCGCGCUCGGUAUGCACAGGACGUGCCCUGUGCUCAGCCUUGCUAUCCACUGAUAGGGAACGGCCUAUCGUUCCUGGAAAAGUCACCGGUCAAACUGUUCCAGAAUGUGGUGCAACCGUUUAACCAGUUCAAUCGGUGGUUCAAAGUUUGGCUCGGUCCACAGCUGAUGCUGUGCACCUCGCAUCCAGUGCUGGCCGAGUCGGUGUUGAGCCAUCCAAAGUGCUUGGAUAAGCCAUUUUUCUACAGCUUUGUGCAGCUCGAGCAGGGAAUUUUGACUCGCAAAUAUCAAAACUGGAAGCGGUACCGAAAAGUGAUGAGCCCUGCCUUCAGCACGAGCAAGGUGACCAAUGCGCUACCGUUGUUCGUAAUGUGUGCGGAAAAUAUGAUGUCCAAGCUAGAGGCAAUGGUGGCGAAUGAUUCAACAGUUUCGCUGGCACCAGUUUUGAGCGAGUGUUUGCUUAAUGUGAUAUUUUCCACUACCCUGGGAGCGAAUGUAGUAGAAGAGAGGGAGGCGAAGCAUAUUUUAAACAAUUUAGACAUAUUAUUUCAGAUGAUAUCUGCUCGAGCGAUAAAUGCACUGCACCACAUCGACUGGGUCUACAAGCAUACAAACAAUUGCAAAAUAGAAUCCGCUUCCAGGGCGGCGUGUUAUAGCGUAGUAGAUAAGGUUCUUGCGUCCCGUAGAAGCGCCUUAGAAAAUGAGUUCUACGAAGCGAACGAUUCGCCAGCCAUGUUGGAUCGAUUGCUUUCGGUGAAUGAGGACGGUCCACUGUCGGAUACAGAAAUCGUACAAAACAUCUACUCCAUCGUCGGUGCUGGUAACGAUACGACGGCACACUCGCUCGGUCACACGUGCCUAUUCCUUGCGAUGCAUCCUGCAGUACAGAGAAGGCUGUACCAAGAGCUGCGCGAUGUGUUUUACACUGCCGAUGAGCCCAUUACCGAGGAAAAGCUGAAACAACUAAGCUACAUGGAGUGUGUGAUCAAGGAAAGCUUACGGUUAGCUCCUCCGGGCGCAACGGUGGCGCGCGAAGCCCAAGAAGACCUAACAGUCGAAGGACAGUUGAUUCCGCGCGGUACAACGGUAGUCGUGAGCUUAUUUGCACUGCAUCGCAGAAAGGAUUUCUGGGGUGCCGAUGCGGAGAGGUUCGAUCCCGACCGAUUUCUGCCCCAACGGUGCAAGAAUAGAAUGGGCUGUGCCUUUAUGCCGUUCAACACAGGGAGUCGCAAUUGCAUUGGCUCACGGUACGCCAUGCAGAUUAUGAAGAUUAUUUUGUGCAAGAUCGUUCGGAGAUAUGAGCUCCACACCGAGCUAACUAUGGAGCAGAUGCAGUUUCGGUUCGAUAUAGCUCUAAAGCAGGAGCAGGGAUACUCAAUACGGUUCGAGCGUAGAGUUGAAAGUGAUUAA